CAUGCUGAAUUGAACGCCAUCAUGAACAAAAACUCAGCUGAUGUGAAGGGCUGCAGCAUGUAUGUUGCCUUAUUUCCAUGUAAUGAAUGUGCGAAGCUCAUCAUCCAGGCAGGCAUAAAAGAAGUUAUUUUUAUGUCUGACAAGUAUCAUGACACCCUGGAAAUGACAGCUGCACGGCGGAUGUUUGAUUUAGCAGGUAUUAUAUACAGGGAAUUCAAACCAAAGUGUAACAAGAUCAUCAUCGACUUUGAUUCAAUUAACAGCAGACCAAGUCAAAAGCUUGUGAAUUAAGUCUCAUUAAGUCUCUAGAAGACUGUGAUUAUCCUUUUCUAAAAAGCUGCUAAUGCCUUUCAUCUUGAAGUUACUUGCAACUUUUUAAUGGUUUCUGUAGCUAAAGUAAGACUUCUAAGAAAUCCAAGGCAUAAAAUGUCCUCCUCAAUUCAUCUUGUCAUGUGGAAUCUAAAUCUACUUAAAAAUUUUAAUGCCUUUAUCAAAACUGCUUAAAAAGUCUAGAGACAUGUAGAUGAGACAGUGUAAUGUAUGUGAAGAAAACUGUUCUGAUUCUUGCUGUAUUCAUCACCGCAUGCUCUGAGAGGCUGUCAGCAUUGAUUUAGACUCAGCUUAGCAGUGGGACUUAUUGUAACCAGUGAUACGUUGGAAUAUGCUAAUACCUGUUGAGCUCUCUAUUGUAUGUGUGGAUCUAUAUAGUUGAUCCUAAUAAAGGACUAAAAAUGUCAGUCAUGCCAGUGCUAAUCUUCCAGCUGGCAUAACACUAAUAUUUAAAAGGUGAUACAGCUUUGAGUAUGUCUGAUACUUUGCGUGCGUUACCUAACAAAUGAAACACUGAUUUUGGUUUUAAUUGCUGUCUGACACUGUCCUACAUGGGAAGGGCGAGAGAGAAAACCAUUUGGAGAACAGUCUGUGCUGGACUGAGGUUUGCAGGUGGUUUCUAGUUCUCGUUUUCCCCAAGACUCCAGAAUUGGAGGGGGUUGAGGGAGCAAAUCAUUUGGCUCUUUACCUUUGGGAGUCUUACGUGGAGUUGGUUUUCAUGUGUAGAAGGAAAUUGUUUUAUUGGUCUAAGCUGUUUCUAGACAAUCCAGCAUAGCUCAGUCUUAAAAUCAACCUGUAUGGUAACUGAAUAAUUUUUUGUCCUUUGAGAGAAAUUGGAGAUAGUCAACCUAUAUCUGUGCCAGAAGAGGCAAUUAUGAUAUUAGCUUGUUUCCCAGUGCUGGCGUAGUACCUUCAUUUUCAUAAAUGUUGCCUAAAAUAAUAUCCUUUUUAAUUUUAUCUUGAGAUCUGGGAAUAGAUUUGAGUUCCUUUUCUCUAAUUUGAUUUUUUUAAAAUUAAGUAUGCCUAAUGGCUUUGUUUAGAUAACAUUGGUGGUUGUUGUUUUAUUUUUUAAAUGUGGUUAUACUUCAGUGAGCUUUUAUUUUCUCUAUAAAAGCUUUGUUUCAUAUUUUGGGACAUUAUGUAAUUUGGCUUCAUACCAGUAUUAUUAAAAUCUUAUUAAAAUCCA